GUUCAGAGUCAAUGCGGAACCGGAAGAACAGCGGCAUUACGAUCAUUGUCUUGAACAGUCUCGGGAUUUAAUGAAAAGAUUAUUGGUUUAAACGCCGCUUCAUUAACAGGUCGUUUGGUGUUGAAACCGCAUUGCAAAAGGACGAUAUGAGAGAACCGGAGCUAAAACAUCGAGUUUUAUGCGUGUAACUCAAGUCAUGAUCCGCAGUUACUCUCAAUCCCGAACUUCAGAUAUCUGUAAAUGUCACACAUGCAAUCUAAAGACGUGGCACGAAUGAAUUGCAGUCGAAAUGGACCAUUCGCCGUCAAUUUGAAGUUGAUGCGUCUGGAGCUGUAGUUUUGUCCAAGGAAGAUGCAACAGGUCCCGUACGGAUCUGUGGAUCGAGAUACGCCUCUCAUCCGUGUGCCUUUCACCCGGUUAGCGGUGAUCACGGUGUGUCUGCCUUUGCUCGGCCUCGUCACCUGCAUCGUGCUGUCACUCCUCAACCACUACAAUGAUGCUACUUACACACACUGCGAGGUUUCUAACUACCUCCCAUCCAUCAAUGCGGCCAUCAGUCUGACUCCAGAGCGCUACAUUUGGCAUUUCAGCAUCGGCCUACACUCUGCCCCACGCUUCUUGGUGGCAGCCACAUACCUGAGCUUUUACCGUGGACAAUUUCCCAGGCGGCUGACAGAGCAUCUUCUGAGUGUCCUCACAUUCCUCUUAGCACUCUGCGAGAAUGUAGGGCUGCUACUUCUCACCCACGUCUCCUCCACUGAGACCUACAGUGUCCAUAAAAGCGGUUUCAUCAUAUUUAUUGGGAGCUCUCUAUUACACAUGUUGUGCACCUGCAGGUUGUGGGCGGUGAUUGAGAGGCUUUCUCUUAGUGCUGAGGAGAUGAUUUCAUAUCAUCACAAGUGCCGCCUUUUCCUCUUCAACGUUUGCCUCUGUCUUUUGGCUCUCUACUUCUUCAGUCGCCACAACAAGUACUGUGAACCAGGAAUUUAUACACUCUUUGCUGUGUGUGAGUAUCUGGUGGUGCUCUCCAACAUGGCCUUCCACAUGACUGCCUACUGGGACUUUGGAGGUAAGGAGGUGAUGGUUGCAACACCUCCAGAGGGAAAACGCUUCUGACACAUCAUAUCCUUGGAACUUGAGACACUAGGGCUUUGAUGGCAGUUCUCAUGCUCUCAUUUUAGGCCAAGACUGAUCAAUAAAAUUGUGUGUGUAGGAAAGAAAGAGACUGUUUACAAUGUCACACACAUUGUGUUUGACCUGAUUAUUUCAUAUAUUUAAAAUAGGGGUUUAAAGAUCAUUAUCAGUGACUUCCUGUAUUUUAAAUUAUUAUGAUUUAUUAAUUAUUAGUCCACAAUAUUGACUUUUUUUUUUUUUUUUUUUUUUUUUAAGUCCUGUACAAUUUAUACUGCCUUAAGCUGAAUUGCUUUUA